AUGUACUCUGCUACUUCAACACCAGUUAGAACCCCUUCCAAAACAAAACUUCAUAAAGACGCAUCCUUUUCAAUACGACAUAAAAAUAAAUUAUUUGAAGAAGAAUUUAUUAAUUAUGUGAAUAGUGUGAACAAUAAUUUAUCACUAAAAAAACAACAAUGGCAAAUUACUUUUUCUGCAGAUAAAGGAGCCAGGUCGCAAUUGUAUGAACAAAUCAAAUUAACUGAGAAAAGACAAAAGGAUGACCUUGCAACAAAAGAAAAAGAGAAAAGAGAUAUUAAUAAGAUUCAGUCAGAGAUUUCGGAAAUGAAACGCAAAAGAGAAACCAUAAACGAACACGUCAGUAAUUGGAGGAAUCAAAUCGAGAAUCUGAAAAGAGAUAUUCAAAGGCGACGUGAAAUCAAUAUGUCAAAGAAACAAGCUUUACAAGCACAACUUUCAAAAAAUGAGCCAGAAUUAAAACGAUAUGCGGAUAAACUAGCAUUCACAAUGAAAAUGUGA